UCCUGGCAAAAUUAAUUGGAAACAAUUGACUGAAUGUAUUAUCGAAUUUCAAUUGGAUUUUCGACAUGGCGGACAUAUUCGCGUCUACUGUCGAUUAUGGCUUGCACCAGUAAAUGCACCGCGCGGACGUAUGAAUCUUAUCAGAUUUGCGUUACAAUAAUAGAAGCCAAGCAUCUCGUACAAAACGCAAAUCCACUUGUUAUUGUGAAAGUUGGAAAUCGCAAAAAGCGAACGAUGAUUCGCGAAAGGACCGACAACCCCUAUUACAACGAGUACUUCGUUUUUGACUUCAACUGCAGUUUCGACGUGCUGCUCAGCACGCGAAUCGGCAUUUCCGUAUACUUACGUAAUUGUUUAAGACAAUUAAAGUUUUACGGAGGCAUUUUUUUCGAAGUUGCCACAGUCUGGGAUCAGCCAGAUCAUCAGUAUUUUCAUAAAUGGGCGAUGCUGACCAAUCCCAAGGAUGCUGGGGCCGAACCAAAGGGAUACGUCAAGUGUAACAUAACAGUAAAUGCAAAAGGACAAAAGAUCAAAGUGCAUCCGGAAACAGAUGGCGAGAAUGAUAUCGAGGGUAAUUUACUACUACCAAUGCACGCAAGCGGUACCAGACAAAGAGCACGCUAUAUAUUUACAGUCUAUCGUGCCGACGGAUUGCCAUCUCUUAGAGGAAAUUUCUUUUGCUGCUGCAGUCAAGCAGAGAAUGUCAAUCCUUACGUGCAGAUAUCAUUCGCCGGAAUGAAGGGAAAAACAAGUGAACAAAGUACCACAAUUAGUCCGUAUUUUAACGAGAGGAUCAUAUUCAAAGAAAUGUUUCCGCCUCUCAGUCACCGCGUGAGAAUUUCAUUAAAGCACAGAGCAUCCGGCUGUAGGAGCUCUGUGAUUGGUGGGCACAUUUUGAAUUUGGGAACUAUCUCGAAUUCCGGCGAAUACGGAUUUUUGCCCAUAUAUGGACCCUCCUUCGUUCACUUUUACGAAUCGGGAAAUACGAGAACGUGUUGCUGUUCCGGUUUACCCGUUUUGCCAAUUUAUCGUGGUCGUGUACUCUUGUCACUUAGAACGGAAAUCGAGGAUCCUGAAGCCUCCAGUGCUACUGGAACGGAAACUGAGCCCGCUGCACCAAUUAUCGAAAAGAGCUUAUGGAACACAGAGGAGUAUCUUAUGGUUGGCGUGCUGUACAGCGUGUGUAUGAUAGAUCGUUCUCGUUUUACCACGAAAUGGAUAAGUUUUGAAAUAAGUUUAGGAAAUGCUGGUAACACUGCAUUCUCGUACAGUCAGUGCUCGGAAAAUAGUAGCGACGGACUCUCAGAACACGUGAAAGCAGAAAAGAGGCCGGAUUUUAAUAGUAAUACCGUACCACGUGGUACGGCUACCAUGGAUAAAAAAUAUAAUUAUUUACCACUCGGCGAAAACAAACCUUGUAUGUACGUGAAAUCCUGGUGGCCAAAUUUAGAAUGGCGAAUCAUGAACAGCAACAAUCUUCGCCACAUAGCAACGAUACUGGAAAAUCAACUGGAAAUUAUUGAAUCUCUUAUCGCCGUUGAAAAUCCCAAGGCUUACGUCAAUUACAAUGAUACGAUUGAGGAACUGAAAGAAGAAUGCAUGGAGUACUUACAUCUACUGGAUACCGGGGUGUACGAUGAGAAUGGAGGAACAACGAAACUGGACCGACAUCGUGUCAACCUAUGCAGACGAGAAAUUGAAGAUAUAUUAAAAAUAAUGAAAAUUAAUGGAAAAUUGCCUAAUAAUAAUUACAUCAGAAUUGCCAUGACGCAUGCUUACAAGUAUCUGUACAGAGUGCGGUCAUUGGUCGAUGACCCUCAACAUCAUCUGCCGGAUAUUUUUCUUUGGAUGAUCGCCGGCUCGUCCCGCGUCGCCUGUGCACGUAUCAGUUCGGCUGACGUGAUGUAUGCCGAGGAAGACGACGUCAGGACACGCGGCGAACAGUGUGGACGUCGCCUUAAUCUUUUUUUGAAAAAUCUUACUGGCGACGGGGAAACACAGGAUUACAGUGCUUGCACUGUCGAUAUCUUUCUAUGGCUCGGUAAUGUUAAAUAUGGCAAUGCAUGCUGGAGUGCACUUCCACCGGGAUACGAAGUCGAUCACGAAGCCAAUAUCGAUACUUUUCCACGAUACAUAAAAUACACGAAUAGUUGGAAAUUUCAAUUACGCGCGCAUAUUUUUCAAGGACGCUUCUCACCUGGAAUGGACACUUCCGGUUUAUUGGAUCCUCUGAUACGCGUCAUAUAUCGUGGCCACACGUUGAAGACGGAAGUAAUUAAUCAAACUCUUGAUCCACUUUGGGAUCAGACACUUGUAUUUCCACCCGUUCAGGUCUAUGGUACCGCAGAUUACAUUAAGACCUCUCCACCGAAAAUUGUGAUCCAAGCAUUCGACAGUGACCUUUGUGGAUCCCUCGAAUUUUGCGGAAGGUGCGUCGCGACGCCGAUAGUCAAAAUGACAACGGAAACUUAUUCAGCUCCGGAUUUUCCGCCAAAAUUAAAAUGGUACAAAUUAUACUCGCAAAAAACGUGUACCGGAGAGAUACUAGCAGCGUUUGAAUUAAUAGAGGCUGGAGAAGAUGACAUAGUUGACGUGCCGAUAAUGGCAUCGAGUAAAAAAAAAAUUUAUCACAUACCCGAUGACAUAAAACCAAAAAUGACGAGUCACCGUAUCGAGGUUAUAUUUUGGGGCGUGCGGGACAUGAAGAAAUUGAAUUACAUUCCGAUUUACAAACCGCGAAUAGUCGUCGAGUGCGCAGGCGUGCACGUGAGGUCCGAGGUUAUGGAGAAUGCCAAAAAAUUUUGCAAUUUUGAAGAAACGCACAUUAUGGUGGAUCUGGAUUUACCGGAACUGGAAAUAUAUUAUCCAUCGGUAAUUAUAAAGGUUUAUGAUUCGAGAGGGUUCGGUUGCUUCAAGUACGUUGGAGUUUGCAUCAUACCUACUAUCUAUAAUUUUAUCGAAAAACUGAUAACGGACGAGGAGUAUGAGUCACAGAUAUACGAGACGAAAAAUCCUUGUCAAUUCUGGAACAAUUCACACAAUUCUACCAUGCCCUUACCGCCUCCCUGCGAAUACGACGCCGAGCAGGAAGAGAGCAAGGGUCUGAUUGGUUAUAAAAAAAUGGCGGGAAUGGACGUUUAUUCCACGGAAUUGGAAAUGCAGCCGGAGUUUCGAUCCUUUCAAGAUAGAUUAACGAGUUUCGAAUUAUUGAGGGGCAAAAGAACUGGCGAUCCGAAACGCGACGAAAAAAAUAUUGUUGGAAAAUUUAAGGGUCAUAUAUCAAUUUAUCGCUGGCCUCAUCCACAACAAGUCACGUGUAAAACCAAAAGGGGUAGAAACGCUGCUGAUGGUUUGUGCGACGAUUAUCCCUCUCAGGAACCUCUUAAGCUUCUCGUACGACUUUACGUUGUGAAAGGUAUAAAUUUGCAUCCCAGUGAUCCGCUGACUGGCAAAUCUGAUCCGUACUUGUACGUAAAACUUGGACGAAAUCAUAUAAAUGGCCGAAAAGAUUAUAUUCCGAAUCAAUUAAAUCCAACAUUUGGCAAACUAUUUGAAAUGGAAGCCACAUUUCCAAAAGAUUAUUUAUUGACUGUACAAGUGUGGGACUACGAUGCUACGUCAUCGGAUGAUCUAAUCGGCGAGACGAAGAUCGAUAUCGAAAAUCGAUUUUACAGUUUGCAACGUGCCAGUUGCGGAAUUGCAAAAACAUACAGUACCACGGGAUACAACGCGUGGAGAGAUCGCGAGAGUCCGACGCAGAUACUAGAAUUUAUAUGUAAAAAAAAUAAUCUCCCACUUCCGGAAUAUCGUAUGGAUUACGUGAAAAUCGGUAAAAUAAAAUUUUGGUUUAACGCUGUGCUCGAUGACGUCACUGCCGUAGACAAGGACGAGUGCAUGGCCUUAAACGUUCUUCACCAGUGGCAGAAUUUUCCAAUAUGCGGCUGUACUUUGGUACCAGAGCACGUAGAGCGACGAGCAUUAUUCAAUGACAAGCGUCACGGACUGGAGCAGGGGAAACUUGAACUCUGGAUCGACAUGUUCCAAGUAAACGAGCUGCCACCCAAAGUCCCUAUUGACAUAAGCCCACAGUUACCUAAGGACUAUGAAAUUCGCAUAAUUAUAUGGAACACGGAGGAUGUUCCAAUGGUGGACAAUCAGUUUCUUACCGGUGAAAAAUGUUCGGAUAUUUAUUUAAAGGGGUGGAUCGUCUAUGAAGAUCAUCAAAAAACGGACGUUCAUUAUAAUUCAUUGACCGGCGAGGGAAAUUUCAAUUGGCGUUUUAUAUUUCGCGUCACUUAUUCCAAAGGCGAACACGUGAUGAUAAUUCGCAAGAAAAUGUCGAUAAUCGCGCGAGACGAGACGGAACAGAAAAUUCCAUGCAAAUUGCAUUUGCAAGUAUGGGACAGCGAUCACUUUUCGCCUGAUGACUUUUUAGGCUCACUGACUUUGGACCUUGCCAGAAUGCCGAAAGGCAGUGCAAAUUCGAAAAAUUGCAAUUUGAAGAUCAUCGAACCAAAUGCACCGACUAUCAAUGCUUUCAAGGUCAUGAGAACUAAAGCAUGGUGGCCAUUCAUUUACAGUAAAAAUGACGGAACCAGCGUUCAGGCGGGAAAAGUGGAAAUGGAAAUAAAUAUCUUAUCCGCGGAGGAAGCGGAUGCACAGCCGGUUGGAAGAGGACGGGAUCCACCAGAGCCACUUCCCUUGCCCAACCGACCGGACACUUCCUACUCUUGGUUUCGCAAUCCGUGGAAAGCUUGCAGAUUUGUCGUUUGCCGUUACUACAAAUGGCGAAUCUUGGGAUGCUGCUGCUGCGUGUUACUGGUAGCUCUGGCGGGUUGUGGAAUUUACGCAUUUCCCGGAUACUUCGUUAAACGCAUACUGGGCGCAUGAUACCGACUUUCUCGUAAUAAUUAAUUAUCGUUUCCUUAAAAUAUUUCAAAUAAUUAUUUCUUAAUUUAUAUAAUAACGCAAUGGACCCCAUAGGUUCAAGACUCGAUUGAACUUUUUAUAGAAAAAUCGUAAUAAAUUGUUCACGUAUAUUAUGGUCUUUCCUAUUGACCUUUCUUGGAGAAAAAAAAAUUAAUACAAAAUUUCAGCAAUUUAUCAAUCGAUAUUACACUGCAGUGUAAGUAUAAUUUGAA